CCCAGAGCAAGUUAAAUCCACAAUCAUGCUUGUCUUUCUGCUCCUCGCAUCAAUGUUUCACCAAGGUCUUACAGUGGUGGGCUAUGGAGACAACUUCAUCACUGCCUUUCCAGAGAACAUUGGUUUCUUCUAUCCGUCUGGUACCAUUAAACGUCUAAAGGUCACGGCCCUUCAUGACAACACUAACAUCAAAGUCUUCUACAAAAACACACAGAAAGACCAACUAAUUCCAAAGUCAGGGCAGACCACGAGUGUUGUGUUUCCAAUGUCUGCUGAAAUAAAUCAACUAGGCUCCUCGAUUUUAUCUGUCAGAAUUACCAGUGACAAAAACAUCACAGUGGUUUCUAUAAAUCAGCGGGCAGGCAGCACCCAGUCCUAUGUCGUCCAGCCAACGGUAAAUCUCGGCACAAACUAUUUGAUCCCUUUGCUGGAUUACCCAGAGUAUCUUGAAUUUUUCGACCUACCUAGGCUUGUCAGUACAACCAUGAGAUACAGCUCAUUCAAGUUACUCAUUAUCAAUGCGGUGGACAGUCAAAACGAUGUCACUAUAGUCAAGCAAACAUCAACAUCAGGUACUCACGAACAAGAGACGUUCAGUAUGGAUUCCUACCAGCUGGUCCAGCUUCAGACCAACGGUUCUGUUUUGAGGGUCAAAUCGAGCAAAGAAAUCGCUGUGAUAUUGACCCACCCAUGUGUAGAGACUCAGAGCUGUAACUGUAACAUGGUAAUAAAUCAGAUUCUUCCCUCAAAGUUUCAGGGUCGGAGCUUUAUCGUACCUUCCAUCUUCAGCAAUUCCGAGACCAAGUUACUUAUGCUGUCAGAAAACACGUCCUCGCUAUUUCACAAUGGUAACCAGCUACAGGCUACUCCCUCAACGCUUCUGCCAUUUUCAGACCUGCAGAAAUCCCAGCUGGUAAAUGCAACAGAGCGAGUGUCCCUCAGGCUUUUCAGUCCGGGCGUCAUUGUGGAGUUGAUCCCAGAAACCAUGUUUUUUGCUUGCUUCCUGCUGCAAUUUUCUUCAACAAAUGGCAAGGUAUUGGUGAUCGCUGAAACAGACAGUAAAGAUGAUGUGCACACACAUAGUGGUUUGCUCUCAGCAUCUGACUGGACUGAAAUCGCUGGCACAAACUACUCUUCGGCUGUUGUAACUAUGCAAGAUCAAAUUGCCACAAUCUGGCAUCCAACAUCAAGGAUUGGCGUUUAUAUGCUGGAACAUAUGUCUGCAAAAGUAAUGUUUGGAGGCCCGGCUAUACCAAUCAAUGAAAAACCAGAUCUUCAUGGCUGUGUGUUAGUUCCUGGAGCAUUUGCAAUUGGAAAGGACCCUCUGAAUUGGAAAAAGUCUCGUGAGUACUGCAUGAAUAAUGGAAAUCAGUUUGCCUGUCCUAUAACUAAAUCUGUCCUUAAGGACAUGGCUGAUAACCUGACCAAGGAGGAUGGGGAUGGCUGGAUUGGUCUCCGGCGCAGUUUACUAACUACAGACUGGUACUGGCAGGAGGAGUAUGAGCCCCCAAUCUCUGUGAAUUACAUUAACUGGGAUGAGGCGCAUCCACUGGCUGUUUUGAAGGGCUUAUGUACUUCAGUGUCCCUUGACCCUAAAAAUGAUUUCAAAUGGCACAGUGCACGCUGCUGUGAUGAAAAGAAGCCAGUCUGCUACAAAAGGCCAGCAUACCUCAAUCCUUCACAACAAUUGUUGGAAAUGUACGUUUAGUGCUUGUUAGUAAUGCUAUUCUUUAGGUUCAUUAAGUUCAUAUUUGCAUAACCACCUGCAUAUCUGAGCUGUUAGAUUUAUUUUAUAUACAUGAUAAAAUUAUAUAAAGUUAAGGUUAUAUGAAGCAAUUGUGUUGAUACCAUAAAUGUAUAGAGGCAUUUUGAAUUCAACUGUUUUUCAACUUAGCUUAGACAUUGACUCAAAUGGAAGCAGGAAUUAGAUCUGGAAGUUAUGAAUGCCACAUUAACAUUAAAAUGUAUAUCAUUAAUAAAAUGAACAAAAUAU